GUUUCUCACUAUAAAAUUUGUAACUCAAAAUGUCCACUGAUUGCGCCAUAAAUGCAGUUGAACGUGCUGCCAACGAAGCAAUCAUUUUCCAAGCUGAGCAGCAAAUUGAAGUAAUCAAUCAAGCCAGAAAGAGAAAGAGGGUAGUAGAAGAAGCAGAAGAAAAUGAAGAUGAAGCUCGCGUAAAAAAUUUGUAUUAUAUGAAAUAUAGAAACAUAUAACUGACAUAUCUGUUUCAUGCUUAGAAAGAAGUUGAUGAUAGUGACGGAAUAAGCGUCAUUGGACACAACAAAUCUCUAAUGUCUCUGGUUCGAUCGCAUGGCCUGAAAAUUUGUUCUAAAAAUCUGAAGGAUUGCAAUGCAACCGAAAAGUAUUAUGGCAGACUAUGCUUGAAUUCAAUUGUAGUGCUCGAAGAUGAAAAAUAUAUGAAGAUGCUGGACAUUAGUAACGAAGCAGCUACUGAAUUGAGCAAGCAUUUUCUAGUUCCUACUGUUGAAAUACCAGAAUUUAAAGAUAAUUUAAAAAAUGUAUUUGACAAGUCUAUUAGUAUGGAAUGCAAGCAAAAAUAUAAAUUUUUAGCAAUCAAGUCAUUCAGUUUUUCUGGCGAUGAUUCCAAGAAACUUUCCAUUAUGGCCAACAUUUACAAACUAAUAAGUCAAGAAAAAAGUAUUUUGGAUCACUGGCAAAGCUCUUCAGAAUGGACAAUAAUCAUCAAAAUAUGGGCAAACGUAUUUGAGACUUUGUUUGAGGAUACAAUGAUUGAACUGAUAUGGGGAGACACUAAGAAUGAUCCAUUCAAAAUAGACCUUCGUUUGUGUGUUGUUGUGGACAAGAAAAAACAUGAUGUUUCAAAUACUGAAUUCAAGAAAAAUGGUAAUAGAUCCGAAAGAAAAAAGGAUACCGCCAAGCUACUGACCGAAGGAAAGCAAAUCCUGAAUGGGUUUAUCAAGUUACACAAUCUUGAUCUUGAAGAGUCAAAGAAAAAAAAAUCAAUGGUUGUUCAAGUUUGUGGCCUAAAGGCUUUAAUAACUGAAGUAAGGCUUGUAGCCCCUGGCUGUUAUAUGCCAAACCAAUUUGGGAAAACAUUGAAAUAUCCCUAUGACCUCAAAAGCGCCAAGUUGUUCCUGGAGCAAAGUUUACAGCAACUUUUUGCCUACAAGGUUUGCCUAACUGUUCCUUUAGCUGAUAUUUGACCUAACAAUAAAAAAAAUGGUAGGAUUAUGUUAUUGAAGAAGCUCGAUUAAUAAGAGGUGCUUUAAGAAAAGAUACAUCGAGCUUAGGCUCAACAACAGCUACC